UAGCCGCUCUCCAAACAACAACAUCCCUGCUGCUGUUUGUCUCAAGUCAAACUCUUAUCGCUGUCGGAGGAUCAGCGGGUUUCGUUAUGCUCCACAGCUGAGCUCAUGUCGGGGCCGUUAGGAAGCGAAAGUCGCCGUUAAACCGACAUUUUCCUCUCCAGGAUGGAAUAUCUGCUCCAGGUGAAAGUAGGCGCUCUGAUCGGGCUGCUGCUCCUCACUCUUCUGUUCGGAUUCAUCCCUGCUCGAGUCAAAUGGUUCCGAGACACAGACGGGACAGACACUCACCGCACAGUUCUGAGUCUGAUCAGCUGUUUCGCCGGUGGAGUUUUCCUGGCAGCGUGUUUGCUCGACAUCAUUCCAGAUUAUCUGUCCGACAUCAACACGGAGCUGGAUGCUCGGAAAGUGGAGACCAGCUUUCCCCUUCCAGAGUUCAUCAUAGCAGCUGGCUUCUUCACUGUCCUCAUAUUGGAGAGGAUUGUCCUGAACUGCCGAGAGCUGAGAGGGUCUCAUGCAGAGAGAGCUCCUCUGAUACCAGACAACAGAAACAGCCACGGCGUGACCACAAGUCCCGAUCUAGAGAGCAGCGGCCACCACGUCCACGUCGACUUCCAGGCUCACUCCCCUUUCCGUUCCUUCAUGCUUUUCCUCUCUCUGUCGCUGCAUUCGGUCUUUGAGGGCCUCGCUAUCGGCCUGCAGAGCACAGACUCAAAGGUGUUGGAGAUCUGCAUCGCCAUUCUUGUCCACAAGAGCAUCAUCGUGUUCAGCCUGUCGGUGAAGCUGGUCCAGAGCGCCGUUCGUCCGCUGUGGGUCGCCGCCUACAUCGGAGUGUUCGCCGUGAUGUCACCUUUAGGCAUCGCCAUCGGCAUCAGCGUGAUGGAGGCUGAGCUGGCAGCUGGAGCUCUGAUCCAGGCCGUCCUGGAGGGGCUCGCCGCCGGGACGUUUGUUUACAUCACCUUCCUGGAGAUCCUCCCACACGAGCUCAACUCUCCCGGCAGGCAGCUGCUGAAGGCGCUCUUCAUCCUGCUGGGCUUCAGCAUCAUGGCGGCGUUGACAUUUCUGGGCUGAGACUCAGAUCCAUGGCUGUGAUGUGGCUACUACUGUCGGUUUCUGGGUCACGUUCUAAGGAGAAGGUUCACUGAGUUUUCAUUGUCAUAGGGAGCAUGACAACAGGUUUUAUUGCUUUCAAGGUACUUUUAGAACUUUUGUAAUUUUAUGAUGAAGGUGUCCAGACAGUUUAUGUAUAUAUCAUUUCUUAUUAAGGUGAUUUUAUGUAAAGAGGAACCACUGACUACCAAGUUGAACGACUGAGAGGAAAACAGGAGUAAAUCCUUUUAUUUAUCACUGACCUUAUUUUGAAAGAUGCAAACCAAACCAACGUUCACACCGUUAACUGCUGGAAACAAACGGCAGUGGUGUAAAUGUUGUAAUCAUUUCUAUCACGGACUGCAUAUCUGUACCUCCAGAUCUUUAAUGUUUACAUAUUAUUUGUUACCAAGUCAAAGGGGAAGUGUGACAGCUUCUGUUUUCCAAAAAGCACUGACUGUGCCUUCUUUUUCUUUUUUAUUUCGCAUUGUUUUAUCUUCACCAUGGGCUGUAUCUGUAAAGGGUUAUUAAUGGUGCGUCCAUUGGCACAUUUGAUAAAUACUGAUUUUAGUGAGCUUUGAGAUAAAGUUCCUGAUGCCAGGCUGCUUUUACUGCUCAGCAUGAAUUGGAUAAUGCACCAUUUCUUACAUUUGUCUAGUAAACAAGUAAAUGAUGCCCUGUUUUGAUCGUGGACCAAUGUGUAAGUACAAUAUAAAUAUAUAAUUCUUCAUAUAUCCUAAUAACAUUUUACUGGACACAAGACAGCAAAUCAGCUUUCCAUCAGUUCUUUAGGAAAACAACACAUUUUCAUAAGUAUAGUCUGUUGUAUUCCACUGAGUCGAUGUCUACAUCCAUAGCAGUAAAUUGGUACAAUUCCUGUUUUAGUCUGUCAUGUGAUGGUCAGAUCCUUCCCUUAUUGUUGGCAAACAGGAAGUAGGAAUGUGUGGUUUGCUAAAAGAGAAACAGUCAGCAAAUAAGUUGUUCGUGUACGCUCACAUGUGGCACAUUUCCAUGUUUUCGUCAGCUGCUUUUCAUUGAAGAUCAUCUUUGGUUUCCUUCAACAAAUAUAGGCCACGUCUGUCACUACAGUGUAAAUAUUCCGAGCAGCGACCUGCUGUUUAAACAUCGGCUGGCUGUUUGAACUGCAUGUGUGACAUUGUGCCUUAUGGUGAUUUCAUGACAGAGGUGACUGUAUGUUGUAUAAACUGAAUCAGAGUAAAUAUAUUAAAACACUAAAACUAA